AAUGCUUCGGGACAAACUCCCCGACUUUAUUCUCAAUUGCCCCUAGUUCGGUCAGCAAGUUGCAUGACAGGGGCGAGUGUGUCAGACCCACUUCAACGGAUCGAAGGGUCAGCAAGUUGCAGAUUAUAAACUCAGUCUUCCCCUCCAAUCCAUUUCAAUCAAUUUGCUUAAAUCGAUCCCGAAAUUUCCAAUUUACCAAUGGAUUGUGUAAGCAUGCCAGAGACCUCACGCAUUGUAGUGAGAGGUAUGUUGGAUGGGAAGGAUUUACGCAACCUGGAGGAGGACUGGACAGGGAAAAGUAGCACUGCGGAGAGAAGGAAAUUACAAAAUAGACUAAACCAAAGUGCGCAGAACAAGAAACGUAUAGAUAAAGAGCUAACUCUCGAAUAGGAAGACGUCGAGCGCAAGCUAAAGCGUUGCGCUUAGCGGCUCAAGAACCUCCCUUGGAAACACCCCCUCACAAUAAGCGAACCAACGAUAGUGCCAUGCUGCAAGAACUUCUCAUCCCAGAACAAGAGCCCGUCUGUCAAGUGCUAUCCACGCAUCCCUAUCAAAAAGUAGAACGAUGUAUACACCCCGUUCAAUCGGAACUCAUCCGCCAAGCAUCCAAUGCUACGCCCUACUCGACUUACGAAACAUUCGACACCUACAAACAAUUCAGCAUGCAUAACGAACCUAUUCAUCGUCCUCCCCUUCCAAUCGAUCAAUUUCUUCUACCUCUAAUGCACUUCAACCUCAUCCGAGCUCUUUCUCAGAAUAUCCACCUCCUAGGUCUCGACCCUAAAUCAAUGAGCGAAGAUAUCCUCUCACCUUUCUGUAUCCAGAAUCCGACUCGUAGACCACAUCUUACCUCACUACUCCCCCCAGACUUACAACCUACUACGACACAAAGACUCGUUCCUCAUCAUCCGGAACUUGAUAUCCCCCCCUUUCCAGAAAUAAGAGAUGCGUUUAUCCUCUCUCAAUCCAAGUACGACGAGUUCGAACUCUGCCAUGAUCUCAUUUUUGGCGUGGAGAGAACUGCAUUUGAAGUGGGUGGGGCUAUUAUCGGUGAUGGUACGGGAUUGAGAGUUUGGAAUGAUCCGUGGUGCGCGGAGAGUUGGGAGGUAGGGGAAAGGUUUGCGAGGAAGUAUAAGGAGCUGAUGUGUGAUGAGCUUUUGAGGAGUACGAAUAUAUGGAGGGAGAUGAAGGGGGAGGAACUGUUGGAUUUUGGGCUGGGAAAUGGAUGUGUUCCGAGGAUUGUUGAAGUAUAAGGCUUCUACUCCUGGUUGAUAAAAGAAAGUAGAGGAAAUUGCAUUUCUUUAUCUUGCGUAAGUUGGUUUAAUGCAUUCAAUUAUUUGAU